UGGCUGCCCAGUACUUGAACUUGGCGCUGCCGCCUAUACUGUAAAUGACGACGGCCACUGCACUUGCAGUUAUUGACAAGAGAGCAGACCAAUGGGGUUGGAGCAUACCCACUGCCCGUCUCCGCGUCCUAUGUCAAGUGAGUUUAGGUCGAUAAAGUCUUGUGCUUGUCUGUCGGCUGUUGUACUCGGUUGGCGAUAUGGCUACUUACGUAAUACUCAACACCGGAGCCAAGAUGCCUAUUUUGGGGCUUGGCACGUGGAAGUCUCCUAAAAAUAAAGUCAAAGAAGCUGUGAAGAAGGCUAUUGAUGUUGGAUAUCGCCAUAUUGAUUGUGCCUAUGUCUACGAAAAUGAGAAUGAAGUCGGAGAAGCAAUAGAUGAGAAAAUCAAAGAAGGAGUUGUAAAGCGUGAGGACCUUUUCAUUGUCAGUAAGUUGUGGUGUACAUUUUUAGAGAAGCCCUUGGUUAAAAAGGCGUGCCAGCUGUCACUGUCUGCACUGAAACUAGAUUACCUGGAUCUCUACCUCAUUCACUGGCCAGUGGGGUUCAAGGCUGGUGAUAAAGAUUUCCCUUUGGAUGAAAGGGGCCUGGCAAUUCCAAGUGAUGCUGAUUAUGUCGACACAUGGGAGGCAAUGGAAGAAUUGGUGGAUGCGGGCAUGGUAAAAGCCAUAGGAAUUUCUAACUUCAACCAUGAACAAAUAGAGAGGAUCUUGAACAAACCAGGACUGAAAUACAAACCAGCCAAUAAUCAGAUUGAAUGCCAUCCAUAUCUGACCCAGGAAAAGCUAAUCGAGUACUGCCACUCAAAAGACAUUUCUGUGACAGCAUACAGUCCCCUCGGCUCGGUAGACAGGCCAUGGGCAAAACCAGAUGAGCCUUCAGUUCUGGAAAAUCCCAAAGUUAAAGCCAUUGCAGAAAAGCACAAAAAAACUCCUGCCCAGGUUUUGCUCCGCUUUCCUAUGCAAAGACAUCUUGCUGUAAUACCAAAGUCUAUUACUCCUGCACGCAUUGAAGAGAACUUUAAGGUGUUUGAUUUUGAACUAACUAAGGAAGAAACUGAUACUAUUUUGAGCCUUAACAUGAACUGGCGAGCCUGUCCAAAUCAAUGGAGUGUUGAACACAAGCACUACCCUUUCAAUAUUGAAUUUUAAAGAAUCUGCCACAUGUUACUGAACUGUCCUUAUCAGCAGUGAAAACUACAAAUUUCUUUACUGAAGUUACUUGGGAUUACGCUUUCUUUAAAUUUGCUUUUGUCACUGUGAAUGAAAAGCAAACUAGUUUUGCAACUUUUUCAUUAUGAUUCAACUUGCACACACGUCCCAUCACGUGGAGAAUAGUUUUAUGCAGUGUUUUAUAUCUACAAGGUGUAGCUUCUGAUUUUGAUUAAUCUUUUCAUUACCUGUAACAUUUUGAGAAGUUACUGCAGUGUGUUAUGUUUCAACUGAAUGAUACUGUAAUGAGGGAAUAUAGAGUUUUGCCCAUUAAGGUGAUAUGCAUCAACAAACUGAUUUUAUAGGUCUCAGAUUUGCUCAUAAGUUCACUGUCGCUAUAUUAAAAAUGUUGCAGAUAUGCACUGCAUACAGGGUCAUUAUGUAUAGGGCAGAUUGCUGCCAUCAGAAGCACUUAAUGUUUAGUCACCCCCUCCCCCAUAUUGGUGGGUUUUUGCCUUCUCACAAGGACAUAGUAUAGUAAUGGGCAUCCUGCCUGUUUUUUUUCUGGAAAAUUUUCUGGGUCCUUCCUCCUUCCCCAUCUCAUUGUACAUCAAAAUCUAGGACCUGUUGAAACUAGCUUGGUUAUCUCUAAUCUUUGAUUCAGCAGCCCUGUACUUCUGCUCUGAGGCUGGUUUGAGGACAUGUUCUGCUGUCUUAUUGUCUCUGUUACUGAUCUGACUUUUCAGAUGUAGACUGCCCUUAAAUUUUAUGUUGAAAGCUUCUUGCAACUUUUUUUUCCAUGGAAAUGUAUAUAUAUAUUUUGCCCUGACUCUGAUGAUCAUGCCUCCUAAGUAGGGAUACCAUAGGAUAAGCUUUUGUGUAUAAGCCUGUGCUUUUAAAGUUAAGUUAAAGGUAGGAAUGCUUCAGUUGUCAGUCUGCACUUAACUGGGUGCCAUAUACUUGUGGUAGUGCUGCUUAACACCAGCUGCUCAUGGUCUGAUGUAAUAACAGGUCUUGUGUCCAGUGCUAAAGUGGAAUAUGUUUCUAGCUCACAUGGCCCAUGCUGAUUGCCAGAAUCUAGUCUAGGCCAGAAUAUAUAAUUCAUAGUUUAGUAAGUAAGGGAAGCUUUUAAAUUUGAUGGUACUUUUCAUUGUUUAUGACCAGUCAUUUGCCAUCUUGCGUGAGGUAUAUACAGUCAUUGGGAAAUUCUAUAUGAGAUAGUGCUAAUUCUGAUGUUAAAACAUCAGAACCCCACAUCAUAAUGAGUCAGAGUGACCUACAGAUUGCAGAACUGAAACAGCUGGUGACAAGUGUUUUAUUUUAGCCAGGUGUCUGACAUGGAAACCAGCAUAAAUGUCUUUAUGUAAUGCAUUUGCUGAGGGGUAGUGAAGAAGAGCAGAGUUCAGAUUAUGCAGAAAAUCAAAAUCUUCCAAGGAAUGGAGUACAACAGCAUUGUGAAUGAAAUACACAAUCAGUAUUUUUGGACUGUUCUUUACUGUUUCAUUAUAGUAAUUGUUUUUGUGUUAGACCAUUUCUGCAAACUGAAGUAGAUAGGUUUAAUUGUUAACUAUGGACAGAAAUUUCUCGAAGUGGUCUUUGCUUACCAUGCAGUCUCCAUGUUAAAUAUUUGCUAAUGGUAUCCAUGGUGUUUGUAUACAGAUAUAGCCCACUUACAGAUGUACACAUUUGUCAUCUGUGAGCAGAUGUUAAAAUGCCAGCAAACACUCCAUACGUUGGCGUCUUUUGUUACUGUGAAUAAACAUUUUCUUGCA